GGCAACAAACAGCAGCGUACGACGCCGGGGGACAUCAAUGGUGGAGUACGCGUUCAUUCAGGGACAGGUCUGAGAGAGACCAUUAUUGGGGCUUACAUGGAGAGCUGAAACUGAAUAUGAGGUUAACGUCCUUAAUGAUGUACAUAUCUCCGGUCCUGCUAUUUAUUUUGUAUGUAUAUAUUGGAUUUUCUGAAGCUGCACCUCGCAUCAGCCCCAACGAUGCGUCGCCUAUCUCCGGGAAGCCCGGCUCAGCCUCCGACACCGGGGAGACCUUCCGCACCGACUUGCCUCGCAGUUUACCCGAGGGCACGUUCGCUCCCGGGCCUUUAGCCGGACUCACGCUGACGCCUGGCGUUGUUUCUGCCGGACCGACCACCACUACUAGCCCUAUUCCAAAAAAUGCAACCACCUUCCAGCCUCCAACAACGGACCCGACCACCACCACCACCACCGCACCUGAUACGGGAAUCAUUUCAGCCAGUAAAGAACAAAUAACAGCGCCGGUUUCCAGAUUAAGCAGCGCACGCAAAAGAUCCAUCGAUGCACAAACAUCACUUUUUGCUCCGGAGAAAAUGCUGCAGACCAUGGUGUCCAUGGUUUCGCAGCGCACAGCAAAUGAUGCCUGGGCUGCAGAUAAUAUUGGCAUAUCUGUUACCUCAGUAGAGAAUAGUCAAGAGGGCCUUUGUAACUGCAGCAGUGGCGGCGAGGGGAUUUUGGAUCCGGACGAGUGUGAUCAGAGAAGCGGUCAGUGUUCGUGUCUGCCGGGCUACGCCGGUCUGCAGUGUGAGGACUGCGAGGAGGGACACUUCACCAACGGCACCAGCGGCUGCCUGCCCUGCGCCUGCGACUCCUUCGGCGCAGUGAACCUCCUCUGUGACAGCUCAGGGAUAUGUGUGUGCAAGACAGGAGUUUAUGGACCCAAGUGUGAUGAAUGCCACCCUGGUUUCUUCCACUUCAGCAGCACUGGCUGCCGGCCCUGCCAAUGUCACAACCACACCAGCUACUGCCAUCCACAGUCCGGAGUGUGCCUGAACUGUGAGGGCAACACCCAGGGAUCCAACUGUGAGGAGUGUAAGCCUGCUUUCUACCGCAGCCCUGGAACUGCCCUGACCGAAACCUGUGCACCGUGUCCCUGCUCCAACUCCACCUCCACCGGCACCUGUCACAGUGAUCCCAGUGGCUCCCCAGUGUGUGACCAGUGCCUUCCCCGGUACAGCGGCCCACAGUGUGUCGAGUGCAGCGCCGGCUUCUACAAAGCAUCUGGGGUUUGUGUUCCAUGUGACUGCAGUGGUAAUGCAGACCCCAAGGGCCCCGCCCAGAUCUGUCACCCUGACACCGGCCAUUGCCUCCGCUGCAUCAACAAUACCACCGGGCCCCAGUGCGAGCUCUGUGCUCCAGGCUUCAUAGGGGACGGCAAAGCACAUAACUGCACCCGUCCAACACCCCGACACCUUCCCAUACCAGUAGACACAACCACAACAGAGGCGCCCACAUCACCUUCCCCCCCGCCGCCCAACACCAGCACCACUUUCACCUCUGCCACAGCGAGAGGGGUCCCAGCUUCCACGUCCAGCAGCAACACGAGCACUGCGCUGAGCACUGCCGCAACCACCCAGGCCCUGUUGACCAGCCUGAGCAGCCCCACUGACAACACCACAGCGGCCCUGACGGAAGUCUCCUGGACGCAGUUCAACAUCAUCAUCCUGGCCGUCAUCAUUCUGGUGGUGCUGCUGCUGCUGGGCUUUGUCGGAGGCGUAUACACCUACCGGGAGUACCAGAACCGCAAGCUCAACGCUCCCUUCUGGACCAUUGAACUGAAAGAGGACAACAUCAGCUUUAGCAGCUACCACGACAGCAUCCCCAACGCUGACGUGUCGGGCCUGCUGGAGGACGAGGCCAACGAGGUGGCGCCCAAUGGCCAGCUGGCACUCACCACGCAGGGCAACUGCUACAAAGCUUAGCACGCCAUCCAUCCCUAGUCUAAAUACCUAAAUUUACAGAUGACACAAAGCUGCUGGAAAGUACCAAAUCCAAAGCUCCUUCAUAUAUGACUGCUUGUUGUUACCCUGCUGGUCUGUGGCACUUCACAACGUUUGGCAAACUGACAGUGAGAUCAAGUAGAUGUGAUUUAAAGAUAUGGAAAAGAGACGCAGACCUUCCACUUGAAACAUUUUCCCUUUUUGAUUAUGAUUUUGUGUGGAAUGGGCGAUCAGUGAAGUGGGUCCAAAGAAUAAAGCGUUUUAUUUGAGUUGUGCCUGCAGAGGGCGCUGUUGUGCAGAUUAGUUAGGUAAUUGGCAUGGCGUGAGACAGGUGCAAAGCUUACACCUGUUUGCUGAAACGAUGAUCCUGACACGGGUUAGUGGAGGAGCCUAGCAUUUCAGAUCUUUUUAAAAUGGACUUUAGACUGUUUAAGUUAUAAUUGGAUCGCUUUCACAGUGAUCUUAAACUGAGACAAUGAUUGUUAAAUGAAUUUUUAUUCAGUUCUUAUUUAUUGGUUGACUUUUCAUUCUCGGGAGAAAUGCUGCACAUGUAUGAUGUGUUUAUUCAUGGUGUUUUAUCUUACGUGCUGUCGAAUGGUAAUUUGAAUUGGCCCGUAUGUUUUCAUGUAUAGUUUGUGUGUUUUGGAUAGAGUCCUAAGGGGAGGUGAAAGCUGCUGGUACAAGUAUUUUAAUGACCUCAUCUUAUCUUUAUAGCUUCCUGUCUUUAGUUAAAGUGUGCCGCCUCACCUGAAGUAUCUACGAGGAGUGUUUAUUUUAAAGAAACUACACCUUACUGUUUAUAAACUCUCACCACUUGGCGCUACUGCAGGGUAGUGAAUCAUACUAGACUCACGUAAAUGGCCAUAAACUACUUGUAAUCUAAUCUGCUCUUUGCUGCCUACCUCAGCAAAAGUUGAACAAACCAAUUAUAAAAUGUUUCGUAUUUAGUAGAGGUUGGGUCCUGUGAGAUAAGACCGUUUAAUGUCUAAAAGAUAAUGUUGCUAUAGAUUGAAACCAGCCUGCACAUGAUAAAAUGUCCUCACCCUAUUGGUCAUUGUUACUAUUAACAAUCAAAUUUCAUCAGCUAAAACAGUGAAUGGCUUCACACCUGAUCCUGAAAAUGGAUCCCCUGUUUUCUGUGUUGUUUAGGCUACCAUUGAUUGGGUGCGCUUCAUUUUACCACGGUGAAUGAGUAAAGCUAAUUAUGGAACUAACUCCUCAGGUACUGGCUCUUUCCCUAAUGUGAUCACUGUAAAUAUGAUUAUUGUACAGAUGAAUGUGAAUAGUAGCACUAUUAUUGUACAGGUAGAAAUACUGUGUGUGUCACUCAACAAGCCUCCAACCUUUCACUCUCCUGGGUGUGAUGUUGCAGUCAGCCCACAGCUUUUUGUAUUGUUAUUUUUAUUUCUUAUUCUCAGUGGACUUUGCCAUAUAAACAGCUGCAGGACUAAAAUGCACCACCUACAACUCAAAACAAAGAAUAAAGUGAUGUAAAUAAUACCCUAAAGCUCAACUCUCAAAUAAAAAUGGGUUUACUGUU